AACCAAUCCCGCAAACGCGAUUGAUGAGAUCCAUGCAGCAGCAAUAGCAGGCUGCAACAUUCAUUGGGCAUAGUAGGGGAUAGUAUAGAGUACGCACACUUGAUUCUUCGAUAUCGUGGCCGAAUCACAGUAUCAAGCUAUCGUGGCCAGCGGACGGUUGUGCACGUAAAUUGCCGUUUACCGCCCGCUCAGUUUACUUUUACGUGUGCGUGCAUUUCGCAGUGAAUAAACAAGUUCUAUUCAGUUUGACACUAGUGUUUUUAAUUUGAAUUCAGGAAUAUUCAACAGUGUGUGUUUUAGUUUAACUGUAUGGUCGAUUUUGUAAGGAUAACAUGGAAAAAAUCAUAGGACUACUACUGAUAUUUUUUAUCGCAAUAGCUCUCUGUAACGCUCAAAAUUUAGAAGGCAAAAGGAUAAAAUGUUUUGUGGAAGGAGCCCUGAUACCCCAUGGCUUAAAUAUGAGCUGCAUAACCUGCCUGUGUAAAAAUGGUUAUGUGGAUUGUGGGGGAUGUCCAAGAACAGACGACUGCUUUUUGUUGGAAAAAAUAACGGGGUGUUGUAAAAGAUGUAAAGGUUGCUUUUACAAGGGAAUGUAUUAUCAAAGUAAUACUGAUUGGACUGAUCCUAAAUCGCCCUGUACUACAUUGAGGUGUGAAGCUGGAAUUGUAACAGAAUCGGACAUGAUUUGCCAUACCCCAUGCGCAAAUCCCUUACCACCUGAGCCUGGAAAAUGUUGUUCUACUUGUCCUGAAUGCAAAAUCAACGGUCAAAUAGCUUCGGAGGACCGUGACGUCAUCUACGACGACCCCUGCCUUAAGUGCAGCUGCGCGAACAACCGCAUGACCUGCGCGAAAAAGGCAUGCCCAGUUUUGCAGUGCCCGUUUCAAAAUCAGUACCACGCGAUGGGCGAAUGUUGCCCCAAAUGCCGGGGCAAGCGCGAGAUGAUUCGCCACGAUAAAUCCUGCUUGAUACAGUCGUUUUUCUACAAGCAAGGAGAGUCGUUGUACGUCGAUAAGUGCACGAAUUGUACCUGUUCGAACGAGACGUCCAUUUGCACCAGAAACGCCUGUCCCAUACUGGACUGCACCCCGGAUAUGCAACGCCCAAUAUCCGGCUCGUGCUGCAAGCAAUGCAAAGUACCGGAGGAAGUCAGAACGCAAUGCUUCUACAACGGAAAAUCCUAUGAGGAUGGUGAAUCGUGGAACUUAAACGAAUGCAGUUCGUGCAAAUGCCACCAGGGGAAACCCAGCUGCGCCAAGACCAAGUGCAACAAGACCAAUUGUCCUCCAGGGGCCUCGUUGAGGAAGCUACCGGGAGAAUGCUGCCCCAAAUGUGAAGAAGCUGAUGGAGUCUGUAUGGUGUUUGGAGAUCCGCACUAUAAGACAUUUGAUGGAAAACUGUACGACUUCAAGGGAAACGGGAAGUACCAGCUCACUGCCGACUGUAGAGACAAGUCGUUCUACAUUAAAGUCGCCAACACUAUAAACAAAAGUUUAUCGUCGUCGAAAACCAAAAGGGUCACUGUUAAAUACAGCGAUAUAAGAGUGAAUCUGCAGCAGAAAACGAGGGUUAAAGUGAACGGGACGUUGAUAAAGAUACCGUACCAUAGGGAGGGUAAGUUGAGGAUAACUAAGAGCAGGGAUAACAUUGAGGUUACGCUGGAGAAUGGGGUUAAGUUGAUGUGGAACGGGAGGAGUUUCUUGGAGGUUUCCGUUCCGGCAAGCUACAAAAACAAACUCUGCGGGCUGUGCGGCAACUUCAACGGCAACGUGCAGGACGAUUUCAUCGCCAAGAACGGCAGAUUGAUGCGCGACAACGAGACCAACAUAUUCGGUAGCACUUGGUGCGUAGGCAACAAGAGGGACUGCGCCAAGAAGGUGAAACCGGGCAGGUCCUGCUUGAAGCACAACGUGCCGAAAAAGUGCAACCUGCUCGGGAACAGCCAGAUAUUCGAGAAGUGCGACUCGAAGUUGAGCCCGAGCUUCUACUACAACGCCUGCAAAGUGGACGGAUUCAACUGCAUCGAUGAAAAUUGGUACUGCGAAAGCUUUAUCGCAUACGCAAGAGAAUGCGAGCGAUUGGGAGCUUUAAUACCCAAAAACUGGAAGAACUUUGUCUCCUGCGACGGGAGGAAGAAGAAAAUGCUGAAGAAUCGAUACAUGUCGUCUUCAUCUCCGAAAGACAUGAUGAAUCUUCUGAGGGAAACAUCGCAUAUUAAGUUGAGUAAGCGCAUACCUAUACCUCUACAUAAUUGAAGUAAAUAUUAAUUGAGGUGUUUCCAUUUCAAAUCCUUUUAUAAACUUUCUAUAGAACGAAAUGAAAACACCCUAAGACAACUAGUCAUUCGCAGUAUUUACCAUGGUUGGAUAUAUAAAUUUAUGAUGUGUGUAAAUAAUGAAGUAUUAUUUUCAAUUUUUUUUAUAAUAAUCAAUGCAUUAGUUUUGAGUGUUAUAUGUUUUGUAAGAGUUUUUUAGCUACUUAAUAUUACUGCCAAAUAUCAAUUUGCGACCUUACUUUCUAUAGAAAAUUAUUAUG